AUGCCUCCCGCCACGGGAAGCCCUUCAGCGACGGCGGCAGAGACAGCAGCAGCCACAGAGGCAGAUGCUGCAGGCGGCGCUGGAAUCACAUUCUCGCCGAGGCGAAACUCACACGACGCUCGUGGUAGUAGCAACAUUCCAUCACCACUGGAAAACAGCAGCCAUAGUGACAGCAACCGGGCUUCGUUCUGGCACGCUCGUACUCGGAGUGCACGGAGCUGCAGUACCGUGAGCUAUGCCGGCUCGGAUGUGCCUCUAAACCAAUCCUUUCGACAUAUGUCACACCAGCGGCGCCCGUCCGUGGUGCAGUAUCAGUCCAUAUCCCGCCCGCUGGCAUUGACACCACCUCAGCAGUCGCCUACGUCCAUUUUACAACUGCAGCUGCCUGUUCCACCUCUGCCCAUGUCGGCAAGGCCCAAUCCCGACAACAGCGACAGCGUGAACAUCAACCGGUGCAGCAGCCACAGCAUGUUCGAUGAGUACUUGCAGCAGGAAAAGCAGCCACGUGACGUGUCCUCAUUAUCCACGCUAGCGGCAUCGGCGUCGUCUUCGGUCCUACCGCAUAUGUUUAGUAGUGGGGCGGCUGCGGGGGCUUCCGAUGACAGCGACGGCCCGCUCCUCGACGGCCUGUCUCCUCCGCGGCUCUCCGUUUCGGGCAGCCGGCACAUUGUGUAUGAACGGCGGAGCAGCAGUCUUCACCACCUGGCUACCAUUGGCCGGGCUAUUGGGUAG